CCUUUUUUUUGGGCGGCGUCGCUUUUUUGGCUCCUUUUUUUCUUGGGCCUGCUGUUCCCUCCGAGACGAGACCCUCUUUUCGAAACUCACGCUAUGGUGGUUGAGUUACGACGGGUUGCUGGACCAUCACACAUCCCGGCUCGCUGGGCUUCGGUCUCUUGUCAUUCUUGUCUUGAAGUCCCUCUCCUUCCCUCAUCCCGCCUCGCUCCCUCUUUUUACUUGUCGUCUCUGCCGCAAUCUCCAUCCGUUUGUCCUUUCGCAUCAUGGAAUCAACCUUUACCAACACUCUCCCGCCUACUUGUUGAUCAACGCCGCCUGCCCACCAUACAUACCUACAACUUACACACACCACCACUCUUUGCAGCGCCAGUGGGGAACGACAUCACCACCAACUAACUGCCCACCAGUCACUUAUACUUGACUUUCGCCGCCGCAAAGCUUCCUGCAAUUCGUCAUUUAUUCACGUUGGCUCUUUCUAGCUGUGUGUAUUCGCUGCGCUUCUAAACACGCGCAUGCCCAUACCAUAUAACUAGGCCUGCCGCUCGCUUUAACGACCUCCCAGUAGUGGCAACUGUGUCUGGGGCCGAAAAACGCAGUAUUCUCGAUCUCGCCGACAUUGUCCGCCAAUCCUAUAAACCACCACACCUCAACGUGCUCAUGUCUGUGGGAAUAUACAAGGCAAAUAUACUCCCGCUGCCACUAUCUACAAGCCCCCAAGCCCAUCGCCGUGGAGCUACACUCUUUCCUCAGUACGCCAACGCAUCGAAACCUCCAAGCCAGCCCAAGCAGAGUGCUCUGUUUGGAAGAGGCUUGACACCCCCUCCGUCCGCCACGAUGAGCACAACAUACCACCAGUCGUUGGCAGCCUACGAUAACUAUGCUCCUCCAUCGCAUGCUGUCAACUUUGGUCCUCCCUCCAUCGGUAAACCGACGAAUGAUCCAGCUGCAUUCUGUGCCAGACAGCGCCAAGGGCCCGUAGCAACACAACCGACAUACCCCCAGUCUAAUACCAUGUCCCAAACCACCGUAUUAUCAUACUCCUCCACCUCUCAAUCUACGAGCCGCCCGUCAACACCUCCCUCAAUAUCGACUGCAAAGACAUCCAACGAAAAGAAGCCUGCCGAUGGCCUUAUUUACCACAGCCUGUCGAUACCGAAAUGCAUCAGCCCCAACGGAGGCAACUUGGCAGAUUUUGCUGCCCAGAUGACUUGCCUCUUUUGGUUCCAGCCUAUGGAGGAUUUGAAAAUGGCCGAAACGAUCCAAUCAAGACCGCACGACGCACCCGUCUCCCGCCUCCAACCGCUAGCAAAGCCGCACGAACAGUUCAGAAAAUGGGUCUAUAGCGUCUUAUCUACCACACAAGUAACACAAAAUGUCAUCUUACUGGCGCUGCUCUUCAUCUAUAGACUGAAGAAGUCGACGCCACAGAUUAAAGGCCGAGCCGGAAGCGAAUAUCGACUGCUGACUGUUGCUCUCAUGUUGGGCAAUAAGUUUCUCGACGACAACACCUACACAAACAAGACGUGGGCCGAGGUUUCGUGCUUUGCUGUCCAGGAAAUUCACGUCAUGGAGGUGGAAUUCUUGAGCAACAUGCGAUAUAACCUUCUAGCCUCACACUCUGAGUGGGAUGAUUGGCUGGGCAAGCUUGCAUGCUUCUUUGACUACUACGAGCGAGCCAGUCGCCCACCUGCCUCUCCCCUUCACGUUGCCUCACCUCAUCACCAAUCCUUCGUCUCCCCCAUUUCCUCUCCUCUCGCUGCCGCCUACUAUGACAUGCCUCCUGUCACCCCAUCUGGCAAGAAGCACACCUCCCCAAGCACCAGCCAUAGCCAAAGCUGGAACCAGUACCAAGCAAAUACCACAUCACCGUUGGCGGCCAAGCCAGUCAUGCAGCCUACGCAGUCUCGUAAGCGCAGCUACGAUGAUAGCGCAGACGAGCACCCAGCCAAGCGCCACAUGCCGCCAUCCAUGGUGUACAAUGCCCAGCACGCUGACGAUUUAAGCGCUCGCCUUCACAGCGCCACACAACCGUCCAGACUGCCCGUGCCUCAACUGUCUGUUGUUACCAACGCCGCGCCUAUUGCACCCGGAUAUCCAGUACAAGCCGCCGCCUAUGUACCCUCGCAAGCCCCCGUGGCCCUCCCCCCUCUUGUACCUGGUACACGCUCCAUGUCAACUGUCUAUCCACAAGCAACUGGCAUUCAAUAUCCUCUUGCAGCUGCUUCCGCGCCGGCACCAGCACCGGCACAAUAUGCCACACAGGUCCCUGUCCCUGUGGCUCAUCCUGUUGCAUUGCACACGGGCACACCCAGCAAGCGCCGCAGCCCUGGCAGUCUUGCUCCGUUUGCUUCGUCGCCCAUGGCGGAGGCAUACGCUGCCAACUCGGCCAUGCACACACCACUGGCGCUCACUCCCAUCGCCAACUCGCCAAGUGUCUAUCUUCAGCAUCGCAACAGCCCAUACAAACCUAUCCGCCACGUCAAUACGCUUUUGCACCCACCACCCUCUGCGUCGCUUGAGCAGUACCAACUCUCGCUUCCUGUGCCUCCCAGCCAGAUGCACUACCAGCCUCUUGGUCGCCGCUACGACCUUCGCACUGGUAUUGUUCCCGAGUUUGUCCGCUACCAUCGCGCUCAGCAGCAGCAGUACCAGGUACAGCCACCUGUGGUCCCUCCUAACAACGCCGCGCAACAAACCGGAUACAUGGGCCAAUAUGCCCCAUAAGGGCGGGCUGGCAGCUCCUCACUUUAAGUGUAUAUCUUAGCCUUGUUUUCUUCAUCAUUUUUUUUAUUUUAGCAUUGCAUAGCAUGGAUCAUGUACGACUAUUGGAAGGGACUUCUUUUUUUUACAAUAUGUUUUUGUUUUUGUUUUUGACAGGGCGUUGUAACUGGAACCCACCUCAUCUGGGCGCUUGAGGGCAUAUUCAAAGACGGUGUUUAGUCGCUUAUUUUAGUUAUUCUCUGGUGUUUAUAUCCAAUCAGAGCUACAGCAUUUUGAAGCUAGCUCCUUUUCAUCUU